AUGACGCUCUUUGCCCGUCUCCUCGUCGUCGCUGCCGCGCUCCCGCUCGCCCUCGCCACCAGCAACUCUGGCUGGGGCAACUCCGGUUCCUCAUCCUCCUGCAAGAGCAACGAGUUCUACUGGGGUGACAAGGACUGCUGUCUCCCCCACGGGGGUUCUUCCAAACCCCCGAGCCCGCCGAAGGGCUCGUCUUGCCCUUCGACCCCCUCCUGCUCGUCCGGCUGGGGUUGGAACUCGGGCAAGAGCUGCUGCACGCCCGCCGCUUCGACUACUGUGAAGACCACCGCCCACCCUACCACCUCGGUCAAGACCACUUCGGUCCACACCACCUCCGCGCCCCCCGCCACCACUUCGAGCACCUGCGGUUCUGGCCAGUGGUACUGGGGCAGCAAGUCCUGCUGCCUGCCCCACGGUGGUAGCCCGAACCCGCCCUCGCCCCCCUCUGGCACUGACUGCCCGUCCAACUGGGAGUGGAACCACGGCAAGGGCUGCUGUGUCCCCCACCACCCCGACCAACCUCCCCCGCAGUGUGGCAACGGCUGGGGCUGGAACUCCGGUUCCUUCUGCUGCAACCCCCACACCACGACGUCCACCAAGCCGGCCACUCCCUCGAAGACCCCGAGCUCCGGUAACGGUGGCUACGGCUGGGGCAACACUGGCAACUCCGGCUACGGCUGGGGCAACUCCGGCAACGGCCACAAGGGUGGCUGGAAGCGGUCGCACAAGGCCCGCUCCACGAGCGUGUGCCCGGCCGGCAUGGAGGCGUGUCUCACCUCGACCACCGGCCUCUCGGACAACUUCGAGUGCGUGGACACCAGCUCGGACCUCGAGUCGUGCGGCGGCUGCGCGUCGGUCGGCGCUGGCGAGGACUGCACCGCCAUCACCGGCUCCAAGAAUGUGGGCUGCCGCGCGGGCGAGUGUGUUGUCUUGACCUGUGCGAGCGGCUUCCUCAAGUCGGUCGACAACAAGACCUGCGUCAAGGUCUAA